UUUUACCUUCCACGAAUUGAUAAGGCAUCUGUAAGAAAUGCCUUUCGCUGUUUCAGACCAUUCAGUAUAUGUAUACUUCAAUUGAUUAAACCAUUGAGAAACUUUUUCGUAUAAUUCUUCAUCCAAUGAUUUUCCAUUUUUCAAAUCUUCUCUUAAUUCUAUCAUCUGUCCUUCGCUUAACCAAAUUGAAUGUAUUUUUAAAAUUUCGAUCAAACUUUCUCUCAUUUUUCUUUUUUUUAUAUUCGUCUUCAUUAAUGUAUCUCCGCCUUCUUGAAAGCUGUUGCUGAAUUCCAAAUACUGAGUUCCUGGUAUCUUUUAAUUCUGCUUCUUGUCCAUAGCUUUAUAAAAAUGAUUUAGAUACGGGGUUUGAAAAAUUUGUUUCCUAAAUCAAGUGGAUUGGGGUUUGGUAGUAUCGCAUUUAGAUGGUCUACAAAGGCAAUAACUGUAGAUACUUUCUCUUUUAGAAGUUAGAAUACCCUGUCUAUUAAUCCCAACUUUCUCCUUGACUCCUAAGCUCUCCUUCUUGAUCCUUCUCUUGUAAAAAUCCUACUGAUGAUGAUCCUUGGAUGAUGAUCCAGCUCUUUUUCUUAAAGGCCAUCUCUCCUUUUAAUAGAGUC